CGUCUGCCGCCUGAGCUGCUGCCCGCGGACCCCGCCAUGGAGACGCUGAACGGCCCCGCGGGCGGAGGCGCCCCGGACGCGAAGCUGCAGCCGCCCGGCCAGCACCACCGCCACCACCACCUCCACCCGGUGGCCGAGAGGCGGCGGCUGCACCGAGCGCCCUCGCCCGCCAGACCCUUCCUUAAGGACCUGCACGCCCGGCCCGCCGCACCCGGCCCGGCCGUCCCCUCCUCGGGCCGAGCCCCGGCGUCCGCCGCCCCGCGCUCGCCCAACCUCGCGGGCAAGGCGCCGCCCUCGCCGGGGUCCCUGGCCGCGCCCGGCCGCCUCUCCCGGCGCGGCGGCGGCGUCCCGGGCGCGAAGGACAAGCCCCCGCCGGGCGCCGGGGCCAGAGCGGCGGGCGGUGCCAAGGCUACCCUGGGAAGCAGGAGGGCGGCGCGCGUGGCGCCCGCGGAGCCGCUGUCCCGGGCUGGGAAGCCUCCCGGAGCCGAGCCGCCGCCCGCCGCUGCCAAGGGCCGCAAAGCCAAGCGCGGCUCCCGGGCGCCACCCGCCCGCACCAUCGUCCCCCCGACCCCGGCCGCCCGGAUCCCUGCUGUGACCCUCGCGGUGACCUCGGUGGCCGGGUCUCCGGUCCGCUGCUCGCGCAUCAGCCACACGGACAGCAGCUCCGACCUCUCCGACUGCCCCUCCGAACCCCUGUCCGACGAGCAGCGCCUGCUCCCUGCCGCCAGCAGCGACGCCGAAUCUGGCACGGGCUCCAGCGACCGAGAACCUCCCCGAGGAGCGCCGACGCCGAGCCCCGCAGCCCGAGGAGCGCCGCCGGGCAGCCCCGAGCCCCCAGCGCUCCUCGCCGCGCCCCUCGCCGCGGGCUCCUGUCCCGGGGGCCGGAGCAUCCCGGGCGGGGUUUCCGGGGGUUUCGCGGGGCCCGGCGCGGCGGAGGAUGCCCGGGGUCGCGCACCGCCGGAGCGACCAGUCCCCGGGACCCCCAAGGAGCCCAGCCUGGGUGAGCAGCCUCGGCUCGUGCCAGCGGCGGAGGAAGAGGAGCUGUUGCGGGAGAUGGAGGAGCUGCGCUCGGAGAACGACUAUCUCAAGGAUGAGUUAGAUGAACUCCGUGCUGAGAUGGAAGAGAUGAGAGACAGUUAUUUAGAGGAAGAUGUUUACCAGCUGCAGGAACUUCGGCGAGAACUGGACCGUGCUAAUAAAAACUGCCGAAUCCUGCAGUACCGUCUUCGGAAAGCUGAGCAGAAAAGCCUGAAAGUGGCUGAGACAGGUCAGGUGGAUGGCGAGCUUAUUCGAAGCCUGGAGCAGGACUUGAAGGUAGCCAAAGAUGUAUCUGUCAGAUUGCACCACGAACUGAAGACGGUGGAGGAAAAGCGCGCGAAAGCUGAGGAUGAAAACGAAACUCUCCGACAGCAGAUGAUUGAAGUGGAAAUAUCCAAACAGGCCCUCCAGAAUGAGCUGGAGAGACUGAAAGAGAGUUCCCUAAAAAGAAGAAGCACUCGGGAAAUGUACAAGGAGAAGAAAACCUUUAACCAGGAUGACAGUGCCGAUUUGAGGUGCCAGCUCCAGUUUGCCAAAGAGGAAGCCUUCCUGAUGCGCAAAAAGAUGGCCAAGCUAGGACGGGAGAAGGACGAGCUGGAGCAGGAGCUCCAGAAGUACAAGUCCCUCUAUGGGGAUGUGGACAGCCCCCUGCCCACGGGGGAAGCAGGCGGGCCCCCCAGCACCCGGGAGGCCGAGCUGAAGCUGCGGCUGAAGCUGGUGGAGGAGGAAGCCAACAUCUUGGGCCGGAAGAUCGUGGAGCUGGAGGUGGAGAACCGUGGCCUCAAGGCAGAGAUGGAGGACAUGCGGGGCCAGCAGGAGCGAGAGGGCCUGGGCCGGGACCACCCACCCAGCAUUCCUACCUCACCCUUCGGCGACUCCCUGGAGUCCUCCACUGAGCUCCGCCGCCACCUGCAGUUCGUGGAAGAGGAAGCGGAGCUGCUCCGGAGGUCCAUCUCCGAGAUCGAAGACCACAACCGGCAGCUGACCCACGAGCUCAGCAAGUUUAAGUUUGAGCCUCCCCGGGAGCCGGGCUGGCUCGGGGAGGGUGCGAGUCCUGGUGCCGGGGGUGGGGCCCCCCUGCAGGAGGAGCUGAAGUCAGCCAGGCUGCAGAUCAGCGAGCUCAGCGGCAAAGUGCUCAAACUGCAGCACGAGAACCAUGCGCUGCUGUCCAACAUCCAGCGCUGCGACCUGGCAGCGCACCUGGGGCUGCGUGUCCCCAGUCCCCGGGACAGCGAUGCCGAGAGCGAUGCAGGCAAGAAGGAGAGUGAAGGGGAGGAGAGCCGCCUGCCCCAGCCCAAGCGGGAAGGCCCUGUUGGCGGGGAGAGCGACUCGGAGGAGAUGUUCGAGAAGACGUCGGGCUUCGGGAGCGGGAAGCCAUCGGAGGCCAGCGAGCCGUGCGCCACGGAGCUCCUGAAGGCCCGGGAGGACUCCGAGUGCCUAGUGACCCUAAAACACGAGGCCCAGCGGCUAGAGCGGACGGUGGAGCACCUCAUCGCGGACACCGACAGCUUCCUCCGUGACGCGGGGCUGCAGGGUGGUGCACCCUCGCCGGGGCCUGGCCUCCAGGGUGAAGAGGAGCGGGGCGAGGGGGACCAGCAGGAGCCUCACCUGCUGGGGACCAUCAACGCCAAGAUGAAGUCUUUCAAGAAAGAGCUUCAGGCCUUCCUGGAGCAGGUGAACCGCAUUGGGGAUGGCCUAUCCCCCUUGCCGCACCUCACAGAGUCCUCUAGCUUCCUCUCCACUGUGACUUCCGUGUCCCGGGACUCCCCCAUCGGGAACCUGGGGAAGGAGCUGGGCCCAGACUUGCAGUCCAGACUGAGAGAGCAGCUAGAGUGGCAGCUGGGGCCGGCCCGAGGGGACGAGCGGGAGAGCCUGCGCCUCCGAACUGCACGGGAGCUGCACCGCCGCGCAGACGGGGACGCCGGGAGCCAUGGGCUGGGAGGCCAGACCUGCUUCAGUCUAGAGAUGGAGGAGGAGCACCUCUAUGCCUUGAGGUGGAAAGAACUGGAAAUGCACAGCCUGGCUUUGCAAAACAGCCUCCAUGAGCGAACCUGGAGUGAUGAGAAGAAUCUGAUGCAGCAGGAGCUCCGGUCCUUGAAGCAGAACAUUUUCCUCUUCUACGUCAAACUCAGGUGGCUGCUGAAACACUGGCGGCAAGGGAAGCAGAUGGAGGAGGAAGGAGAGGAGUUCACUGAGGGUGAGCAUCCAGAGACCCUCUCUGGGCUCGGGGAGCUUGGAGUCCAGGGGAGUCACCAGGCGGAUGGCCCAGACCACGACGACAGUGACCGAGGCUGUGGCUUUCCAGUCGGGGAGCACUCCCCACACUCCCGGGUGCAGAUAGGAGACCACAGCUUACGGCUGCAGACCACGGACAGGGGACAGUCCCACAAGCAGGUGGUGGAAAACCAGCAGCUGUUCAGCGCCUUCAAGACCUUGCUGGAGGACUUCCGUGCGGAGCUGCGGGAGGACGAGCGUGCCCGACUGCGGCUGCAGCAGCAGUACGCCAGCGACAAGGCAGCCUGGGACGUGGAGUGGGCCGUGCUCAAGUGCCGUCUGGAACAGCUGGAAGAGAAGACUGAGAACAAGUUGGGAGAACUAGGCUCCUCCGCUGAGAGCAAGGGGGCCUUGAAGAAGGAGAGAGAGGUGCACCAGAAGCUCCUGGCCGACAGUCACAGCCUGGUCAUGGACCUGCGCUGGCAGAUCCAUCACAGCGAGAAGAACUGGAACCGGGAGAAGGUGGAACUUCUCGACCGCCUGGACAGAGAUCGGCAGGAGUGGGAGCGGCAGAAGAAGGAACUCCUGUGGAGGAUAGAGCAGUUGCAGAAAGAGAACAGUCCCCGGAGAGGUGGCAGUUUCCUCUGUGAUCAAAAAGACGGCAACGUUCGCCCCUUUCCCCACCAGGGAAGCCACCGCGUGCCCCGUCCUGUGGCCAUGUGGCCUUGUGCAGACGCCGACUCCAUCCCGUUUGAAGACCAGCCGCUGUCCAAGCUGAAGGAGUCGGACAGGUGCUCGGCCAGUGAGAAUCUCUACCUGGAUGCCUUGUCCCUGGAUGACGAGCCAGAGGAGCCACCAGCCCACAGGCCCGAGAGGGAGUUCAGGAAUCGCCUCCCUGAGGAAGAAGAAAAUCACAAGGGGAAUCUUCAAAGGGCAGUGUCCGUGUCCUCCAUGUCUGAGUUCCAGCGCCUCAUGGACAUCUCCCCGUUCCUGCCUGAGAAGGGCCUGCCGUCCACCAGCAGCAAGGAGGACAUCACCCCACCCCUGUCUCCAGACGACCUCAAGUACAUUGAGGAGUUCAACAAGAGCUGGGACUACACACCCACCAGGGGCCACAAUGGUGGGGCGCCAGACCUCUGGGCCGACAGGACCGAGGUGGGGCGGGCAGGGCACGAGGACAGCACAGAGCCUUUCCCCGACUCCUCCUGGUACCUGACCACAAGUGUCACCAUGACCACGGACACCAUGACCAGCCCAGAGCACUGCCAGAAGCAGCCGCUGCGGAGCCACGUCCUCACCGAGCAGUCGGGGGUGCGCGUGUUACACAGCCCGCCUGCCGUGCGCAGGGUCGACAGCAUCACGGUGGCGGGUGGCGAGAGUCCCUUUCCCACAAGCAGAGCCAGAGGGAGCCUGGGAGACACCAAGGGGGGCCCUCCAGAACCCAUGCUCAGCAGGUGGCCUUGCACCUCCCCCAGGCACUCCCGGGACUACGUGGAGGGGGCACGGCGCCCCCUCGAUAACCCUCUCUGUACCUCCCUGGGGUUUGCCUCCCCACUGCACAGCCUGGAGAUGUCCAAGAACUUGAGUGAUGACAUGAAGGAGGUGGCCUUCUCUGUCAGGAAUGCCAUCUGCUCUGGGCCUGGUGAGCCACAAGUCAAGGACAUGGCCUGCCAGACCAAUGGGUCCCGGACGAUGGGGACCCAGACUGUUCAGACCAUCAGUGUGGGCUUGCAGACUGACGCCCUGCGUGGCAGCGGUGUCACCAGCAGCCCCCACAAGUGUCUCACGCCGAAGGCUGGGGGCGGUGCUACACCCGUGUCGUCUCCUUCCCGAAGCCUUAGGAGCAGACAGGUGGCCCCUGCCAUCGAGAAGGUGCAGGCCAAGUUUGAACGCACAUGCUGCUCCCCCAAGUAUGGUUCUCCCAAGCUGCAGAGGAAGCCCCUCCCCAAAGCUGACCAGCCAAAUAACAGGACGUCGCCAGGGAUGGCCCAGAAAGGGUACAGUGAGUCAGCCUGGGCCCGCUCCACCACCACAAGGGAGAGCCCCGUGCACACCACCAUCAAUGAUGGCCUCUCCAGCCUCUUCAACAUCAUCGACCACAGCCCCGUGGUGCAGGACCCCUUCCAGAAGGGGCUGCGGGCCGGCAGUCGGUCUCGCUCAGCAGAACCCCCACCGGAGCUGGCCCCAGGCCAGGAAACAGGCACCAAUUCCCGAGGAAGGUCACCUAGCCCCAUUGGGGUGGGCUCAGAGAUGUGCAGGGAGGAAGGGGGAGAGGGCACGCCAGUGAGGCAGGACUUAUCUGCUCCCCCUGGCUACACACUCACUGAGAACGUGGCCCGGAUCCUCAACAAGAAGCUGCUGGAGCAUGCCUUAAAGGAGGAGAGGAGGCAGGCUGCCUACGGGCCCCCAGGUCUCCACAGUGACAGCCACUCGCUGGGGGACACAGCCGAGCCAGGGCCCAUGGAGAACCAAACUGUCUUACUAACUGCCCCCUGGGGACUCUAGCCCUGCCUGCCUCACGCUGAACUACCUUGUUCUGCACUAGCUCCAUCCCUAGAGCCCUGCUUCUCCAGGCCCGAGAGACCAGCAAACCGUCGCCCUCCGUCCCGGUGGGCCCCACAUUCCCCCACUGCCUCACAGCCUCAGUCACCCGGAGACCCGACGUCCUUGGAGGAGCAUGGUGGCGAGGAGCCGCCCGAGGAGCAGCCACACCGUGAUGCAAGCUUGCAUGGAUUAUCACAGUAUAAUUCACUGUAAUUUGCAUAACCACACCAUCGCCAUGAACAAAACUCUGCCCAGAAGGAGAGAUCUAGUUUUCUCAAGGUCAAAGAAUGUUUUUUAAAAACACACAGCUGCUGAAUGUUCAACCUGUGAAACUGAGAUGUUUCUAGAAUGAAACAGUAAAUGUGCCUGUAAUAACUUAAUUUUUUUCAUAGCUCAGAAAACUAUUUUUGUCUCCAUCUUUUUUACACACAGUAUAUUAAAUGAAAAGGUAAAUAAGGUAUAAAUAGAUUUAAAAAAUAAAAGUUUUAAAAAAUGUACAUUUUAAGAGAUUCUGAACACCCUUGCUGUCAAUACCUGACUGCCUCUCUGUUAAAUUUGCCCUGUUACAUUUUGGUUCAGUUUAUUUCCAUGUUGAAUUAGAGUGGAUUAAGUUCAUUUUAUUUUGUCAGUGUUACUGUUUUUUAAGACUUUUUUAAUGCUUCAGACUGUCUGAUUCAGUGAACUUUUUGUAGCGAAAAAGCCAUGAAGCCAGUAGACAAGACAGAUAUUCUGUAUACUGGAGGGGAUACAGGACCAGUAGACAAGACAGAUAUUCUGUAUACUGGAGGGGACACAGGACCAGUAGACAAGACAGAUAUUCUGUAUACUGGAGGGGAUACAGGACGUUUUUGAAAAGGUACAAAGCCCUCAGUGGGCUUAGAAACUUCACUGUAUGAUCCUUGUAUUAUCCUACUUGGCUUGCACGUCUUCGGGUGCAUGUAUAUACCGCUACUGUGUCCUCGCCAUCACCUAAAUGUGACUCAGUCUGUUCCACUGUAAUACGUUGUGAAUUUCCUUGUACUGUACUUUUAUUGUUGGUCUUCUUGCAUCGAUGAUCCAACAGCAACAUUUUUAAAUUAUUGUGAAAAGAUUAACUGGCAGUGUACAGAGUUUACUCCAAGUUUUCUUAAGGGAAAACACGACGAAAAGGCACGAGGAUACCAAAUGGAAACACGUGCUGGUGCCUCUGAGUCUGUAUGAGACCGUGAUGUAGUAGAAAUAAAGCCCUUCCGAGAUGGCA